GCUCAGUACAGGUGCCAGUUUUUUGAUCGUCGGAAAACAAAGAAAAAGCUUCCAGAGAAAUCCAAGUUUCGAGAUUGUCGGAGCAUUCUGUUUAUCAACAUAAAAAAGUUCUUCAAGAAUACGGUAGAUCGGCACAUGCCGACCUACCAGACUGUGGUCAGACUUCACUAUGCUCAUGACCAUCCUUUGGACACAGCAGAUGUGCUCAGAAAACGGCAGCUAAAUGAAGACAUCAGAUACAGGUUUCUGGAGAUGUUCAGGCAGGGAAUGAAACCCAAAGAUGCCCUGGACAAACACAAGAGGGAACUGUUGCAAAACCUGGGGCCAGAGAAGUAUCGCCAGGUUGUUUGUGAUGGGUAUUAUGUGCCAAAUGUACCGAAAGCUUACAGGCUGUACUAUCAGAUACAUGGCAAGGGAGUGUCUGCCAAAACAACAACUAAGAGAUCCUCGAGACAUAACCCCAAUCCUGACUGGAUUGCCUUUCAGAACUUUCCUGAUGGUACAUCUGCUGACAGUGAUGAGGAUGUCGAUGCUGCUGAAGAUGGGGAAGAUGUUGAUGACAGCGGGGAUGAAGGUACAGUUGAUAAUAGUGGUGAAGAUGAGAGGAUGCAGCGGCAUCUGGAGGUCGGGAUGUCUUGCGAAGGAGCUCCAGACCAUCAAGAUGACCACAUAAUUCUAACCUCAAAGAUGUGUGCCAGGGACAUGGCUUUGACCCACAACUUGUCGACCACCCAGAAUAAUAUAAUAGGUUCAAAACCUGCCACAACCAGUGAAGCCACUCACAAUAUGAUUCCUCAUGACCACCAACAGUUAAAGCUGGAUAACAUCCACAUCACCUACUCAACUAUCCCUCCCCUUAACACAUUGUGUGCAGAUGCCAGAGGGCACAAUUUGCAGCUCAGACUUUGCCAGGAUCCUCAGUUUGUAAUAUACUCCCUGGCACGGAGAUGUUCAGCAUCCCACAGACAACUUGGGGGAGCUUUAACAUAG